AUGCAGUUGUGCCAUGUAAGGGAAUUUUGCACACCUACGAAACCAUAUAAGCCUACAGACAUAACAGAAGUUGACAUUGUGCGAAAGAGAGGGAUCGAUCUGCUCCAUGACCCUCUCUACAAUAAGGGCACUGCAUUUUCCGUUUCUGAGAGAGAGCGACUGGAAUUGAGAGGCCUUCUGCCAAAGAAGCUGCUGUCAAUGGAGAUACAGGUCCAGCGACUCAUGGAGGACUACGACUAUGGCAGGGAUUACAUCUCAGCAGACCACAUUACUGAUGGCGGGGUCACGAGGGAUCAUGUCAGGAAAUGGAAGGUGCUCCAGGAGUUGCAGGAUCGCAAUGAGACCCUCUUCUACAGGAUCUUGCUGGACAACUUUCCAGAGAUGGCUCCCAUAGUCUACACUCCUACAGUCGGAUGGGCCUGCCUGAACUAUCACAAGCUGUAUCGGAGGCCAAGAGGCAUGUACUUUGAUGCCACUGACAAGGGAGAGAUGGCAGCCAUGGUGUGGAACUGGCCAGCAAAUGAGGUGGACGCCAUAGUUAUCACAGAUGGCAGCCGCAUCCUGGGCCUUGGAGACUUGGGCCUCAAUGGCCUGGGCAUCUCAAUCGGCAAGCUGGACUUGUAUGUGGCGGCGGCUGGCUUCCACCCAUCCAAGGUGCUGCCAGUGGUUCUGGACGUUGGCACACAAAACAUGGCCCUACGCGAAGACCCCCUGUACAUCGGCUUGGACCAGGACAGGCUCAACGGCGACGAGUACUAUGAGAUCGUGGACGAGCUUGUGAAGGCCCUGUCAAGCCGGUACCCCAAUGCGGUGCUGCAAUUUGAGGACUUUAAUCUGGCCCACGCGCUGCCCCUGCUGGAACGCUACCGCGAGCACCACCUGUGCUUCAAUGAUGACGUGCAGGGUACUGCGGCGACUGCAGUGGCGGGGGUGUAUGGGGCGCUGGCGGUGCAGGGGAAGGACUUCAGCGAGCUCACAAAGCAGCGCAUCGUCCUGAUCGGUGCCGGCAGCGCGGGCAUGGGCGUUGCGCGCAUGCUGGCCCUCGGCAUGCUCAAGCAGGGGAUCUCAUACGAGGAGGCGCUGGGCAAUUUCUGGGUGUUGGAUGCGGACGGUCUCAUAACCAUCAAGCGCCCCACCGCCCUCAACCACACAGUCAAGUCCUUCGCCAGGAAGACCCAGGAAGAUGUGGAGGGUGAGAGCCUUGUGGAAACUGUUAGACGGGUGAAGCCGACGGUGCUGGUGGGCCUGGCGGGUGCGGGGAAGCUGUUCACAGAGGAGGUGCUGACGCUGAUGGGGCAGCACAACGAGCGCCCAAUCAUCAUGCCCAUGUCCAACCCCACCCACAAGAUGGAAUGCAACGCUGAAGAGGCCCAGAAGGCCACAGGGGGCCGAGCAAUUUUCGCCAGUGGCAGCCCCUGUGCUGAUGUGCAGUACGAGGGCCGCACCAUCAAAUCAUCCCAAGCAAACAACAUGGUGGUCUUUCCUGGUCUGGCGCUGGGCGCGCAUCUGGGAGCAACAGGGACGAUCACGGAUAAGAUGCUGAUGGCGGCGGCGGAAGCGCUGCCCAGCUGCAUACUGCAGGAGGACCUCGAACAGGACAUUGUCUACCCCAGACUCUGUGAUAUCAGGGAGGUGAGCCUGAAAGUGGCGAUGGCAGUAAUCAAGCAAGCUCAUGAGGAGGGUCACGUGGGCAGCGACAAAGCGCUGAAAGCCCUGGAGACCUCCGAUGAGGAGCUGGCAGCCUACAUCCAGGAGCACAUGUACGAACCUGUCUACAAGCCCCUUGUCAGCCUGCCUGUGGGAGUCCUGGAGUAGAAUAAGAGACGUCAAAGAAUAGCUUGUGAAGCCAGCUUCCCUUUGGACAUGGUGGUCCAAAUGACAGGCAUGAUUGAGUGGUCAAUUAUUUUGGUACUGGUCAGAAUAUAUGUCCCUCAUGUUGCAGUGUGUAGCGUUUGUGCGUUUGCAGGCAUUCCUUGCCUCGACCCAUGUGCACUGGUUAUCAUGACCGCGUCAUGGGCCCAGGCAUUUAGUGCGCUAGGCUUAGAGUGAUCCAAUGUUCAAAGUCUACCCAUCUAGGUCUAUAUAUCUGCCCCUGGCGGCUGCAGCUGAGCAUGUUGUUGUCGCAAAGCAGAGCUAUUAUGUUUAUUGAUUUCUGGCACAUGGUUUAUCAAUCGGCAAACAAUCGAAUCACGCAAUUGUGAUUGAUUACAGUGAGCUUUUUGGAAUCCUCACUGGCCAGAAACACAGCAAGAAAUCAAGAAUUUUUGGUUCUAUCAGGUUUUUUUACUGCUAGAUCGUGUUUUAACGGCCUCGCACCAUGCAAUGCGUAUUGCCGUUAGAUGCACAUAUGUCAAGAAUAUUUGGGCUAUCAGCAUUUCCUUGCUCAGUAAGGUUUUUAAUCUCUGAAGGAGAGCGCCAUCCCAUCCAUUUGUAAUUUUGGAUAUAUCUCCUC